UGCGCUGAGGAGAGGUUGUCGUUGUCUGGAGAUUGACUGCUGGGAUGGUCCUAGUGCAGAGCCUAUAGUCUACCAUGGUCACACUCUGACCAGCAAGAUCCUGUUCAAGGACGUCAUCACUACCGUGGAGCAGCAUGCCUUUGAGGUGUCUCCGUACCCAGUGAUCCUGUCCUUGGAGAACCACUGUACCCCGACUCAGCAAGAUGUCAUGGCCCAGUACCUCACCUCCAUCCUGGGGGAAAAACUGCUGGCCACCAGCCUGGACCUCACCAAUCAGCCUGGACAACUGCCCAGCCCUAACAGGAAGAAGGCAGCAGUAGUUGCUGAGUCUCUAUCUAACCUGGUGAUCUACACCAAGUCAGUGAAGUUCCACAGCUUCAGCCAUGCCAGAGAACACCAGCAGUACUAUGAGAAUACCUCUCUGGGGGAGAAGAAGGCUCACAAGCUGGUCAAGACCUCAGCUCCAGAUUUCGUCCAGCACAACAUGGUGUUCAUCACCAGGAUCUACCCAGCAGCCUCUAGAACCCUGUCCUCCAACUACAACCCUCAGGGGUUCUGGAAUGUGGGCUCACAAAUGGUGGCUCUGAACUUCCAGUCGUUGGGCCUGCCCAUGGACCUGAACAACGGGCGUUUCCAGGACAAUGGUGGCUGUGGUUACGUCCUCAAACCCCUCUUCCUCAGAACCAAUCAGUGGGGCUUUAAUCCAAACAGUUACCGUCACAACCUGAAGCCAGCACACCUACUGCUGAAGCAACAUAGAUAG